AUGAGUCGUGAGAGUCAACGCCGGCAACAACGUGAUAGGACUCCCGAACCGCCACCUUCCGUGCCGCCGUCAGGCGGAAUGCAGCAAACUUGGCUUGCCUCCGCCGCCGCGGGAGACGCGGUCGCGGCUUUCACGCGAAAUCCCCUGCAUUUUCUUCAGCAGGCCUCCGCGUCUCCCGCCUCCAUUCUCGGCACGUCUUCCGCCGCAAUGCACGCUCCAGUGCCGUUUCCACCCGCUCAGGCGUCGGCCGCGGCAGGGUUUCGCACGGAGAUGGCUCCCGCGGCGCCGUUUUCGUCGCCGGCAAUCGCGGCGGCGGGCGUGGAACCCGUGCCGUUUACGUCGCUUGCCGCAUCGUCAGCGCUGUGGAGUGCAUUGGCGCAACAGCUCCUGUCGGCGCAACAGGUCUCGUCCGCGCAACAGCUCUCGUCAGCGCAACAACUUUCGGCGCGGGAGCAGCAGCGGAACUUGUCGGUGGAAGCGCUGCGCUCGUCGGCGGAACAGCUGCGGAUGUCGUCCGCCAUCGCCGCAACUUCCGCCGGGAGGGGAGACGGCGGCGGCGUCGCCGAUAGCGGAAGCGGCAGAGACGGCGGCGGUCGCGUCCGCGACGAUGCGACAUCGCAGGGAGUCGCAGCGCUGCGUCCGCCGCCCAGCGGGCGACCGCGGGACGACUCGGGCGAACCGUCGCUUGAGCUGAGCGACUGGCUUACGCGAAUUACUCGAAUCCCUGACCCUUUGGGUGGUCUGCGCAGCGGUAACCCGGUUUCAGGCGGGAACCGGCAUAAUGCUGCCCCUGGUGACUCGUCGACUCCUUCUGCUGGAGUGGUGGACGCGAGAUCGCCGGGUGUGCCGCGGUGGGGAGGAGUGGCAAAAGCAGAGUUGGCAGCAACAGCAGCUGCUAUGGGGCUAGGGGCCCUUGGGGGCCUUCAGCGGCUUCAGGAGUUUCAGGAGAUGAAGGGGAAUCAAGAGGGGUUUGCGGGGUUUGGAGGUGGUGGUGAUUCUUUUGAAGGGCGUGUCCCAGUAGCUACCCUAGAACCAUCGUCCCCUGCUGUUCAAUUCGCGGCAGCAGGGGCCGCAGCAGCUGCUGCAGCCGCCGCCGCUGCUGCUGCUGAUGCCACUACUGUUGCCAGUGCGGAUCCCAUACCUCUUUCUGCAGCAGGCUCGGACUCACUUGGUUCGGCAGAGGUUCGGUUGCCCCCGUGCCUCGCCCAGCAGCGGCUGUUCAGCCUCGGGGGGCCUUCCUUGUCCCCGUUGCUAGACUCAACUGCCUGGCCGCACGCAGGUGCGGCGGAGAACCGACCCUGGAUCCGAGGUUCGGGGCCGCACGAGUGCAAGGUUUGCCACACGCGAUUUCCGACCCUGCAUGCACUGGGCGGGCACCAAAACGGGCACCGGGAAUUACAGCAGCAGCGACAGAAGGAAAAGGCAGCGAAAGCAGCAGCCGCUGCUGCUGGUGCUGGUGCUGGUGCUGGUGGUGUUGGUACUGCUGGUGGUAAGGGUGGUGGAGAGAGGAGAAGCAGGGUGAGGAAGCAGCAGAGCGACAGUGUUGCUGCUGUAGCACCGAGGCAGGGAGACAGUAAAGCCACAAUGGCCAUUGAGUCGACUCAAAAGUCACCUGGAAAGAAGCAGUGCUGCUGCUGCUUAUGUUGCUGUUCCCGCUCGAAGCGACCAGCAGGGGGAGACCGAGCAGAUCACUUCCCACGCCCCGUCCCCUCCAUCCAACGGUCGGAUUUCCAGCAUCCACCGGCUCAGCGGCAGGAAGAGGAGCAGGAGAGGAAGGAGGAGGAGGAGGAGGAAGAGGGAGAGCAGGGAAAGCAGGAGGAGGAGGAGGAGGAGGAGGAGGAGGAGGAGGAGGAGGAGGAGGAGGAGGAGGAGGAGGAGGAGGAGGAGGAGGAGGAGGGGCAGGAGGAGGGAGAGGAGGGGCAGGAAGAGGGAGAGGAGGGGCAGGAGGAGCUGCAGAAGAAAGGAGCCUGCCAGGAAUUUCUGGAGCACAUGCCGUACAGCACCCAGAGCAUCCAGGGCACUCAGAGUACCCUGGCCAGCCAGGGCAGCAGCACGACCAGCACUUCAAGCAUCCCAAGCAGCACUUUGCUCCGGCGUCAGAUCAGGGAGGUGCAUCUCCCUUGGCUGGAGGAGCCCUGCCAGUGCUGCUACCAGAGCAGAAUCCUCUUUAUAGGGAUGUUGCAUCGCCGCAGCUGA